AAAGAUGAUGACAUUGAAGAGGGAGAUCUCCCUGAACACAAGAGGCCUCCAGCACCAAUAGAUUUCUCAAAAAUAGAUCCAGGCAAGCCUGAAAGCAUCCUGAAGCUGACAAAGAAGGGGAAGACUUUGAUGAUGUUUGUCACAGUGUCAGGAGAUCCAACAGAAAAGGAGACAGAAGAAAUCACCAGCCUGUGGCAGGGCAGCCUCUUCAACGCAAACUACGACGUGCAAAGGUUUAUUGUUGGCUCCAAUCGAGCCAUCUUCAUGCUGCGGGAUGGCGGCUAUGCCUGGGAGAUCAAAGACUUCCUGAUCAGUCAGGAAAGGUGUGCAGAUGUUACUCUGGAAGGUCAGGUUUAUCCUGGCAAAGGAGCAGACGGAAGUGAGAAAGUGAAAAACAAAACAAAACCUGAAAAAGCAAAGAAGAAAAAAGACACAGAGAAGAAAUCCAACGGCGUCAAAGAGGACAACCGAGCCACCAACCAGAGAGAGGAGCUAUGACAGCCACGGUGCCCAGACUGAAUUCUGCUCUGCUGCUCCUCGAAGGGAAUCUGCUGAUGAGUCCUGGCUUUUGGGGAGGAAGGAAGCAGAG